AGUUAUAGUCCAUGCACAUCCUUGCCGGUCCGUAGGGAACGAAGUUAAGUGCAGCUCACUUGGGUACUCCACUUUGUGGCCCUGAUUGGAUAAAAGGGGCCCAGACCACGCCUGCUCAGUAGUGGGUCAUAUUUACAUGUUGGGCCAGGAAGUACAGUAGGCCAACUAAUGAGGACAAGGGGCGCUGGAAAUCAUUAACCUCUGGUGGAUUUACAACGCCGAUUUACAAGGGACAACAUGAGCUCGUAUUUAGACUUCUACUCGGAAGGCGACAUGAUGCCAUUGCCUGUGAAAUUCUGUCACGACGAACACAAACCAGGGACACUUCAGUACCACGGGGAGAUAGUUGGGAGACUUUCGUCAGGUAUGCUGGACCACCAGAGCAGCAGUCGGUCGAUAUCAGGAGGAGUGCAUCAUCAAGGUAUGUUUAAGGUGCCACGCGAUAGCGACGCAUCUGUAUCUGAUGGCAAUUACGUGGAUCAGGGACUUGCUUAUAAUUUGGCGUAUGGAUGCUACAACGACGUGGAACAGAACAGGGUGCAUACCCAGUGCGUGAACCCGGCAUAUUCAGGAAACGGUCCUUUCCCCAGCCAUCCCACAGAGACCUACUACCACGAUAUUAGAGAAACAAACCAGCAGUGGCAGAGCAUAAAGAUAUCGCGAGGAUUCGUCAAUGCCAGUCAUCAGAAUGCAUCACCAUCCCAUGAGAAUUGUCCAAGAACUGGUCCUAGGCAAGAGGAGCCGGAAGUUUUGGUAAAUACAUUUGACUGGAUGAAAAUCAAAAGAAGCAACCCCAAAAUCAGUAAAGCUAUUGAAUAUGGAUUAUCGAACGCCGGAUCAAUUCCAAGAACAAAUUUCACAACCAAGCAGUUAACAGAAUUAGAAAAAGAAUUUCAUUUCAACAAGUAUCUCACCAGGUCAAGAAGGGUUGAGAUAGCGCAUAGUUUGCACCUGAAUGAAACCCAAGUGAAAAUAUGGUUUCAAAACAGAAGAAUGAAACAAAAGAAGAGAGAGAAAGAAGGCCUUACUGGGAUGUGCGUGCCUCCCAUAUCGAAGAACUCGGACUCGUCCCCAUCAUCAGAACUCAACUCUCCAGUUUCAUCCCCUCCCUGCUCCCCCAUCACGCUCUCCCACAGCGGAUAACUGGAGGGGUUGAGCACAUCAUUGUGGUUGACUCAGAUUUCUGUUGUCACCUUAGGCUUUUCUUAUCUGUUGUAAAUACGAUACACUCACUAAUUGCACUAAUGUAUUUUAUGACAUUAAGAAUAAACACUGUGCAUUUUGUUUAGUUAUCUGACUGAGGGAAAGUUCCAAAAUGUUGUGAAUGAAAUUGUUUGUGAAGUUUCAAUCAAGGGCCACUGUUUGUGUCUUGAACUAUAAUUGCCUUACUUAUUGAUGACUGAUCGAAGCGUUACACUGA